CUCCGCCCCUGUUUCAAGGGAUAAGAAACCCUGCGCAGAGGCUUCCUCCUUUCCUAGGCGGCUGCCGAAGAUGGCGGAGGCUCAGGUCCUGGUGCUCGAUGGCCGAGGGCAUCUCCUGGGCCGCCUGGCGGCCAUCGUGGCCAAGCAGGUGCUGCUGGGCCGGAAGGUGGUCGUCGUGCGCUGCGAGGGCAUCAACAUUUCUGGCAAUUUCUACAGAAACAAGCUGAAGUACUUGGCCUUCCUCCGCAAGCGCAUGAACACCAACCCGUCCCGAGGCCCGUACCACUUCCGCGCGCCCAGCCGCAUCUUCUGGCGGACGGUGCGAGGCAUGCUGCCCCACAAGACCAAGCGUGGCCAGGCCGCCCUGGAGCGCCUCAAGGUGUUCGACGGGAUCCCGCCGCCCUAUGACAAGAAAAAGCGGAUGGUGGUUCCCGCUGCCCUCAAGGUGGUGCGUCUGAAGCCUACGCGGAAGUUUGCUUACCUGGGGCGCCUGGCUCACGAGGUUGGCUGGAAGUACCAGGCAGUGACAGCCACCCUGGAGGAGAAGAGGAAGGAGAAGGCCAAGAUCCAUUACCGGAAGAAGAAGCAGCUCGUGAGGCUCCGGAAACAGGCCGAGAAGAACGUGGAGGGGAAGAUCAGCAGAUACACAGAGGUCCUCAAGACCCACGGCCUCCUGGUCUGAGCCCAAUAAAAUUGACUGUUUAUUCCUCA